UCUACACAGACACAUCAGGCGGAGAAAUAAACAGAGACGAGUGCAGAACAGGGAAGAGAAGGCAUUCCUCCCUCCCUUCCCCUUCCUCCUCCUCCUCCUCCUCCUCUCUAUCUGUCCAUCUUCAUCCACAGCCCUUUCCUUUCUUUCAUGGAGAGGAAUUAUCCCGCUGCAGGCUUCGGAGAUCUCGGGGCUGGAUCGGGAUGGAGUUACGACAGAUCAGCCAAAGCAAGCUUCAUGUAUGACAGCUCCAGGUCGUCCCAUCCAGACUCGGAGCUGCUCCACAGACAAGCUUAUGGCACACCUCAUCCACUCCAGGGCUAUGCAGCCAACCACCACCCAGGAAGCUCCAGACAGGGCGGGGCCUGGGGAUCUGCUGGACGCACACUUGGUUUAUCAGGACUAUUUGAUACCAGCCUCCACCACACCAGCUCUUCUGGUCCUGACCCCUCCGUCAUGAAUCUGAUUUCAACACUCGAGUCCCGGGGUCCACAGCCCACUCCCUCUGCUUCUUCUCUCCUCUCCCAAUUUAGAACUCCCUCUUGGCAGACUGCAAUGCAUACACCAGCCCCACCGGAACUCUUUAUUUCAGGGGCACUUCAGGGUUCCAGUUCCUUCCCCUCUUCCUCAACCCUGUCAGCAUACCAGCACCCUGGCUCCUUUUCUGGGCGGUCUUUCACUCCCUCAAUAUCCUUGCAGGAUGCACCAACAUUCAGCUCAACUCCUAAUGGCUUGCUGUCCCCCCAUGAUCCCUUGCUACACAUCAAAACAUCUUCUCAAUCCAGCUUGGGCUUUAAUCGCUUGCUAUCCCAGAGUACCACUUACCGGGGUUCUCAGGAACCCCUAGCCCCUGCUCAGACCCAAACCCCUUCUUCCUCUUCCAACUGCCACCUGUCCCCUACCCAGUUUAACCUGUUAUCCUCUCAGCUCCACAACCAAUCCUCCCAGCUCUAUAAUGCAUCCAUGCUCUCAUCCACACCAGCUGUGCUACCUGCGACAACUCAGCUCCCCCCACCUCCAGAAAGGGCAGUUUCAAGGCAAGACAGUGUGAUCAAGCAUUACCAGCGUUCAUCCCCACCCCACCCCACAACUCUGCCCAUGCAGCAGUAUGUCAGUUGUGGUGGUUCUAGCUACCAGCCGAUAGCCAGCCAUCACCGACAUGCGGGUGUGUCCUGCAGUCCCCUAGGAGAUGAGAGCCCAUCCAGAGACCCAAACUCUUCACCACGUAUGGAAUCCCAGACAUAUCGACCUAUCAUCCAAACUCCUUACUCAUCUUCAUCCACCAACUCCUCAGUCUCACCCUUAUCUGGCACUAAGGGGGUCAAAAGUUCCAGCUCCAGUACUGUCUACUCCUCUUCAGUUUCAUUAUCAUCCUCCUCCCGUACCCUACACACCUCAUCAUCAACCACCUCCACUUCAUUAUCCUCUUCUAGCCCCAAGGCAAGUGCUGGCUCCUUGUCUGCUCCCUUUUGUCAGAAGCCCCCAACCCAGCCAGUGCCAGUGCCACCUAGUCUAACAUCAUCUACUCUUGCUCAACAGCCAGCAACCAAACAAUGCCUCUCCACAUAUUGCUCUCCAUCUGUGGCUAACUCUAGUACAGGCCCUCCAGACCAGACCUCUCCUCAGCAACAUGUCCAGUCCUACUCUCCCAACCAGCCUCCAACUGCACACAUAACCCACUCAUAUGGAGGCUUCAGCUCACCUCAUGCCCAGGACCUGAGCUCUGGGGCAGGGGGCACUGAAACGAAGGCUUUCACUGGUGUAGGUACAGUAGGACACUCAUUCUCUGCAGAGAUGCUCUUUGGGGGUUCAAGCUUUGGUUCAGCUUCUCUUAGAAGAACUGGCAGUCCAUCAUUAGGGUAUGGGAGUGCUGGAGAAUCAAUAGGAAGUGGAUCUGCAUCAGGAGCUACAGCACUUGUUAGUGGAGUUGGGUCUGCAGGAUCUGGAAGUGGGGCUGCAAGUGUUGGUAAUGGAAACAGUUACCACCUGCCUGAAUCUAGUCCCUCAUCCUCCAUCAGUUCAACUAUCAGUCGCCCUGGAUUGCACUCUCCUGCUGCUGCUCGUCCUGCACAGUCCCCAGGAGUGUCAGGUGCCACCAAAUAUUUGUCCUCCAUCCUCUCUCCAGCUUUUAUAUCCUCACCACAAGGUUUUCAUGAUGCACAGCAAGCGCAGAAUCAAUCCUACCAUGCUUCCCCACCUAAGACAAAAACAGUAUCAAACAUGGUAGGAGCUCAGCAAUCCCAAGAUGAGGAAGAGGAUCAUGAUUUCCUCAUCCAUCACCUACUUCAUGCACAGGACUCAACUGCCCAUUCUUCCCAGCAUCACCCACCUGCUCAGCAACUCCCCCAGUCACUCCCUCAGGCUAGGGAUGGGGAAAGCAAGGGUGUGGCCUUAGAUAUAAAUAAGGUUUCAGUAGAGCGCUACCCCUUUCAGAGUGUCAUUCGCAGCAGUAACACGGCCAGCGGUUCUGGCUCUGGAUCGACAAUUAUUGAGGCAACAAAUGGCUUAAACAGUCAGGUGGAGCUACCACAGAAGAAACAGCAGCAAACCAAGUCAGAUGUGAACAUAUCAAAGUCCACUGCUGUGGGCUUAGUAGGGGUCAAUGACUCCCUUUCCCACUCCCAUACUACCCAGUCCAAUCAACAACAACGUGGCCCCAUGGGACCUGUGGACCGUUAUGGAAGAGAGGACCCCUAUACUCAGCAAACACACUCCCAGCAUUUCCAUUGCACCUCUCUCUUGUCGUCACACACUCAACACCCCCAGCACUCUCAAAUCUCCCACCAGACUCAACACACAGAGCAUGCUCAACAUUCUCAGCAAGGCCAUACUCUCUCACAUAGCCAUCCUCACAUGGAGCUAAAAAAGACGCCUGAAACAAAUGAUACGUACUUAUGUAACACACCAGAUGUUCAGCAAACUCACCAAAGCCAGGUUCCCCUCUCCCUGAUGGACUCACCGCCAGCACAUCCACAGCACAUGCUGCAGUCUGUCCUUUCCCAUACCACCCACACCAAGCUGGACCCCCAGCUGCCCCCUGAACAGCAACAGCAGCACUCCUUGAGACAGCAGGCUAUGGGUUCGUCUGCAGGAACAGGGCCUGCUGGGGUGCACUCCCACUCACAGAACCACUCCUCACAGCUCCCAAACCAGGGUAUUGAUACCCACUACAGAGAUCCAACCCGAACCAUUCAGACCUCCAGGGCACCACUAGAUAUGGUAGACCAGUCUCUAUCCCAGGCAAACGCCAGAGACAGUGGAGGACCUCUGGAGCGAACUGGGCUUGGUAUGACUGUUAGAGGAGAAGGAGGCAGUGGAGACAUGCAUAGACAGCAGCACAGACUUACACCCCACCAUGUUUCCCAACAACCAACCUCAGAUCUCCAUGAGUUUCUCUUAGAACCUAAUUUGGGAUUGUCCACAACUUCACACCUACAUCACCUCAACCAACCUCAGGCUCAUUCCCAUCCCCAUGGCCACCACCAACAGCAGGCACAUGCUCACCAUCAGAUGUCACACUCUCUGUUAGGUCACCCAAACUCCCACAGGAUGGAAGCAAAUAUUGGGACUCCCCAACCACAGCAACAGCCCCAACCAAUAGAGCCUGAGACGCAGCUGUCACAAUCCCAAUUAGAUCAGCUCAAACAGCACCCGUUUGACACAAUGAGUCCUGAGUGUAAAGUUGGACAGAACCAUAUUCAGCAGCAGCAGUUUGCUCCUCUGAACCCUGGAUGCUUUCCAGACUCUCUCUUACAUGAUGGAGAACGCUCUUUCUUUCCAGAAAUGGAGGACAUGUUUUGUUCAGCUGAUUUCAAGUCAGGCUUUGUUGGAGAUUCCGGCACAAGACAGGGAACUCAAGAAAGCCUUACACAGGGCCAUGGGCAAAGGCAAGAUGCUUUAGAGUCCUUAAAAACAGGAGAUACUGGAGAGAGCUAUGAUAUGGUCGGUCAUCACAGUGAUCAAGGCUAUGGACCAUACUGCCACAACCUUCCAGGAACUGGAAAUGGUAAUAUGCUCUUAGAUGUUGACUCUAUGAAGAACCAUGAGCUUCCAUCUACUGUGAAUACUGACCAGCUUGGCCUCAUCCACUCCCAAACUUCCACCAUUGGAUUAAACUCAUCAGUUCAAAGGGAUGGCACAAUGAACAAGAUGAUGGGAGCUGUAGGAGUGGGUGGUUUAGGUGCUACUGGUCUGACAUCACCUAUCUUCUGCUCUUCUCGACCCAAGAAGCUGCUGAAAACCAGUUCAUUUCACUUGCUCAAACAGCGACGUGAGCCACAACCGCAAACAAAGAAAACCUAUGCACAGGAAUAUGAAUUUGAGGAUGAUGAGAAUAAAGCUGAUGUUCCAGCUGAUAUUCGUCUCAACAGUCGGCGCCUUCCUGACCUGCUUCCCGAUUUGGUGUCUAGUUGUAGGAAGGCUGGUGGGCCAUCAGGAAUGGGUGGGCUUAGUCCAUUGAUGAGUGACAUGGACUUUUCCCAUCCCAGCAACUACUCUGCCCUGGGUUACCCUCCACAAGUCCUCCCACAUGAUGGCCCCAAGAAGAGAGGCCGGAAACCAACUAAGCCAAAGCGUGAAGGCCCUCCACGCCCCCGAGGUAGACCUCGAAUACGUCCACUUCCAGAACCUCCUUACUGCAGUGGGCUGGUAGGCUCAGUGACAGGAGAAGGUAGGAGGGGUCGUGGACGUGGUCGAGGACGAGGCAGGAGGGAGGAGGUGCAUGUGGACAUGCAUCGAGAUAUAAAAGUACAAAGCCUCCCAUAUAAUAGUCAGCAGUUGAGCCAACAGCAUCCACAACAUCAUCAGAGACAGCAAGAAGACUACCACCAAGCACCACAGCAGCAUCAUCUGCAGCCUCAUCAGCAAAGUGUUUCCUGUGCUUCCCGUCAACUGCAUCAUCAACAACAAGAUCAUCAACAGGACCCAUCUGAGCUGCUGCAGCAAGAGCCAAUCAGGCCUAUCAAGAUCAAACUGCCUGUUUCCACCAUGCUUCCAUCUGAGUCCUUGUUGAGGACAGAUUCUCUGUCCAGUUCUGAACCAGUUCUGUCGGAUGGAUCAGUGGGGUCAGCACCGUCUCUCGGCCUGAGCCCUGGACCCAUCAACACCAUGGAUAUCAGCAGAAAUGAGCUGAACCAGAUGAAGGAGGAGAUGGUGAAGCACCAACAAAAAGCUGGAGAGAUGAUGUGGAAGAGAGAAACUGAUGAUACUCUGCAUCCUGAAGCCUGGGCUGCUCUGCACAAACUUUCCACUCCAACUGAUGAGAAGGCGUUUGACUUCAAACCCGGCUUCAUGGCCUCUUUUCUAGACUUCCUGAAAGCUGGUAAGAAAGAGUCAGACCUGAAGUCGGAACAUGACGGCGGUGAGCCACGACCCCUGAACCCCUUAUCUCCAGCUCCUCCUCCUCUACGACAAGCUCCUCCUCAGCCUCCAGGCACGUUCAGUGAAGAGGAGCAGGGUGAGGCUGAGGACCUGGAUCUCAGCAGCUGCCCGAGUCCCUGCAAGCCUCUGGAUGAGGAGCUGAAGGGUAAUCUGGAGACUCUGCCCUCUUUCUCCUCAGAUGAGGAGGACUCGGUGAGUAAGAACCAGGACCUGCAGAAGAGCAUCUCAUCUGCCAUUUCUGCCUUGUAUGACACCCCACAUUCUCUGGCUGCUGCAAUGGCUUCUGCCAUGGCCAAGGCCCCGCCCCCUCUCACCCCACCUACCCCACAGGAGCCGUCAGUCAGCCCGCCCCUACCUGCCAUACCCACCUUCGUCACUUGCAUGGAGAACGGGAAAGAGGAGGCGUGUCCAUACAGUCAACACGGCACAGAGGAGGAGCAAAACCUGCUGCUCUCCCCAUCGUCUAAUCCAGAACAGGAGGAGGAGGAGUCUGAGCAUGGAGGAGAGAAGAAGGAGGAGAAAGACAGAGGAGGAGAGGAGACUUCAGACAAUCCACAGAAACUGCAGCAAGAAUCCCAGCAGGAGCAGGAGGAGCAGGAGGAGCAGAGGGAGUCUGACACCAACGCUCUGGAAGUUCAUGAGGAGGAAGAUUGUCCGUCUGGACCAGGACUUACUCUUGCACCUCCAACAUUGCUAGUGCCACCAAAUAUACCCUCACCCUCGGCCCUCCGUCCCCCAUGUCUCUCUAUAGCCUCGGCGGAGCUGAUUCAGCAGGAGGAGGAGGAGGAGGAGGAGGAGGAGGAGGAGGAGGAGGAGGAGACGACGACAAGUCCAACUUAUCAUUCCUCCCAACCAGCUCCAGCUGCAGUCUCCUCUCCUUCUCCCUCCAAAUCUCCUCCAGCUCUACUGUCCGUCCUCCCCGUGAGCCACUCAGUCCCUCCAUCAUCCUCUGAUCAAGACCAGGAGCCUCAAGCGGGGCAGCCUUCGCCCUCUUCACCUUCCUCCUCCUCCUCGCCUUCCUCAUCGUCUUCUCCACCAUCAUCACCCUCAACCCCAGAAGAAGCCCCAGCAUCUCAGCGUCUGACCUCUCUCCACCUGGCAAAGAAGCAGACUGAUGCUGCCAUCGCAGGCGAGAGUGAGGAGGAAGACAGCGAGAGUGGAGGCGAAGGAAUCUACCGAGAGCGGGACGAGUUUGUGGUUCGAACUGAGGACAUUGGGACGCUUAAGAUUGCUUUGCAGACUGGCCGGGAGCCCCCGCCCAUCUGGAGGGUACAGAAAGCUUUGCUGCAGAAGUUCAGUCCAGAGAUAAAAGAUGGUCAAAGGCAGUUCUGUGCAACCAGUAAUUAUCUGGGUUACUUUGGUGAUGCCAAAAUGCGCUACCAGCGUUUGUAUGUGAAGUUCCUGGAGAACAUCAACAAAAAAGACUACGUCAGAGUGUGUUCGCGGAAGCCGUGGCACCGAGCUGGUCUGACCCUGAGACGACAGUCGGCACCCAAACAGUCUGCUGCACUUCACAAUCAAACACCGCCUCGUCUGGAGAGAGAGGACAGAGACAAGGAGAGACAGAAGGAAAGAGAGAUGGAACACAGGGAAAGAGAGGAGAGAGAAAAAGAGGAGAAACAGCAAAAGGAGACUGAGAAAAGUGGAAUACACAGAGAAAUGGAAUGGGACACAGAGAGUGAAAGAAGGGACAGGGAGCAGAGGGAGCGACGGCAAAAUGAGAGGGAGCGUAAGAACUGGGAGAGAAAAGAAACGGAGAGACGGGAGAAAGAACAGAAAGAAAGGGAGGAAAUAGAAAACAAAGAAAGGGAGAAGCAGGAGAGAGAACAAAGAGACAGGGAUAGAUGGGAGAGAGAACAGAAAGAUAGAGAGAGAGAGGAGCGUGAACGGAAACAAAAGGAAAGACAGGAGAGAGAACAGAAAGAGCGACGGGAGAGAGAAAGAAAGGAAAAGGAAAGACUGGAGAUGGAACAGAAGGAGAGGGAGAGGCAGGAGACAGAAAGAAGAGAUAGAGAGAGGAAGAAGAUGGAGAAGGACCCAAGAGAACAGAAAGAGCGACGGGAGAGAGAAAGAAAGGAAAAGGAAAGACUGGAGAUGGAACAGAAGGAGAGGGAGAGGCAGGAGACAGAAAGAAGAGAAAGAGAGAGGAAGAAGGAGAAGGACCCAAGAGAACAGAAAGACCAAGAGCAGAUGGAGAAUGUAAUAGAGAAGGAAAAAGAAAAGAGUGGAAGACUGAGAGAGAAAGAGAAGGAGAAAGUGGGAGAUUAUGGACAGAAGAGGGAGAGAGAGGAACGAAUGAGGAGAGACGGUACUGUGGAGUUUGCACGGUUGAAGGAGGUGAAGAGAGAAGGAGACAAGAUGGAGCAUUUCUCCAGAGCCAGGACUUCAAAGGCAAAUGUGGAGCCUCCUCCUAAGAAGAGGAAGAAGUGGCUGAAGGAGGUGCAGUCGUCCUCUUCAGAGUCCGACUCCUCUCCACCCAGUGACGACGAAGGACCGGUGCGAGGUGGAGUCAACAGUCGGGCCAUGAGGGAGAUGUUCAGGAGUUAUGUGGAGAUGCUGGUGAGCACAGCACUUGAUCCUGAUAUGAUCCAAGCUCUGGAGGACACUGAUGAUGAGUUGUACCUUCCACCCAUGAGGAAGAUUGACAGUCUGCUCAGUGAACAGAAGAAGAGAGUGUUGAGGAGAGUCACCAUGAGCGCUCAGCACCAGGAGGCUUUGCAUAUAUUCCCCAAAAUGACAGCAGACCCGCUGGAUUCUGGAGCGGUCAAAGUUCAUCUGGGUGGAGACGGCUACAACCGCAAAACCCUCAACCGGCUCAAGAGGAGUGUUCCUAAGCAACAGGACCUUAAGCUUUCAAUAGAAAGCUGCAGGAUCUACAGUCUGUACCAUUCCCUUCACCACUACAAGUAUCACACCUUCCUGCAUUGUAAGAAGGAGACGGACAGUAUUGAGCAGGCAGCGGAGGAUCCUGGACAGGAGGAGGUGGUGCAGCAGUGCAUGGCUAACCAAGGCUGGCUGGAGAGUCUCUUUAACUCUUUCAUGGAACUGCUUAACCUCAGUGCAAAGGUUUAAGUAAAGACCGCCAGACUCACACAUGAAAACACAAGGACAUAGAGACUGUAGUGAUGUAGUGGAGCCACAGUUCCAGCACAAACAGACACUGAUGGUUUGUUUUUGUGAGAGUUUUAACUUUUAAAGUGUCUGUUUUAUUAUUACGUUCAUGUGACAGCAAUGAGAAAUGUGUGUUAAUAUGAUGGAUUUAUUCUCAAGAGACGAGGAAAGAGACUUCUAGAGUGUAAACCUCCACCAAGGAACCAGGGUCCAUACACUUACAAUACAAUUUAUUUUUUAUUCCUCAAUCCAGAGCUAUGUCCACAUUUCAUUAUUCACUUUGGGGUUAUAAUCCAAUCUACAUCAUCCAAAGAUUUCAUCCACAUUCAUCUUUUCCUUUUUUUAGUUCCGCUGCUCUCACACACACACACACACACACACACAGUACACACACAAACUUGUUUCCAUUACUUCAGAGGACAUUGCGUUGACUGGAGACUUGAGUAACUGACACUAAUCUUAACCUUAACCUUAAUCUUAACUUUAAAACACGUCUUCACCUUCAAAUACAGUCAUUUACGUUAUAAACACACACACAUUUGGACAGCCUAACUAAAGCCUUAUCCUGAACCUUAACCAUAACCAGUUGACCCUAACCAUAACCAUAACAUAAUCACAGUUGAAAUCUUGGUGUUGAUGCCACAAAAGGUCCCACAUUGAAGACACACACACACACACACACACACACACACACACAGUCAAUAACCAUGGUCAGUAUCAUUUUUAAAAAGACUUUUUUUUACUUUUGAAGAAUUGUUGAAAUGACAGAGCUGCUGUCAGAGCAGUGGAGGUGAAGCUGAGCGGAGUGAGAUUAACAGUGAGAUUAAACAGGACUAUGUGAUAGUCUCUUGAGUGGAGUGUUGUAUUUAAAUCUGUUUGUUCUUCAAAAGACAGCGAGAGAGAAGAUUUCAUUCCUGUGAAGAUGAGGAAUAAAAAAAAGCACGACUUCCUUAAAGGAAGUGUGAGGUCAAAUGAUCUAAAAAGCCUAAAUGUCCGUGUUUAACCGUGAGUCAUUUUUAUCUGUUUGUUGUUAUUGAUAUAUUUCCUAUGGUUUCACCUCCCUAAGGAUAUUCUUGCAGAGCAAUUUUGUUGUUUUAAUGUGUAAAUACUGUACAGUUACUUCAUUCUCUGGCUCCCCCGUUGCUCUUCUGUAUAUGAAAUUCCUGUAUUUGAAAUAAUGAAAUAAAACUGUUCAAAUGACAAAUGUGAAGACAAAUAAACAACCUUGUGCAAGUCAUUUUAA